AGGAAGGGCAUGGUGGGAUGGAGUUGUUUCAGUAUUGUAUAUGCUUCUACAUGGUACUCAUGGAGUAGAAGCCAGUACACAGAUCACACACAUUGGGAUCCUUACAACCCCACAAAUCCUGACCGUCCAAUGUAACAGCGAAAUAUUCUCACUUGACUACACGUGCUUUCUAUCCUUUUCCUUCCCUUAUUAAUCUUUGCUUCCAUGCAUGGAAUUCUCCUCCAACUACAACACAGCCAGGCCAAGAGAGAGAGAAAGUGGAGAUAGGUAGCCCGAUUGAUUCUGAUUCUCCUUCAGCUUGGGGGUGUGACCCAUUUCUGCAAAUCUUGAUUUUGCCUUGCAAACCCCUUUUGAUUUUGGGAAGGUUUGGUUUGAGAGCGUGUAGAUAUGGGGAAUUCUGAAGGGCUCUUUUUGGUGGGUUGGAUCUUGUACUUUACAAAACUGUCACAUCCCAAUAGUUGAUUCUCGUCUGGGAGUUGUGCAAAGAGGGAAACUUUAUGAUCUGUUUUGAGUCCUGCUUGCCAGAUUUGAGGUUUUGGAUCCGGGUCUGUUUCUGGGUUCCUCUGUUUCUUCGCCAUUUGGGUCUUGUAGGUCAAGAAAUGUAGCAUUGUUUGGGAGGCUUGAGCUCGCAUUGGGUUCUCUGAUCUGGGUUCUUGUUUACUGGGUGAGUUUGGUUUUGAACUCUCGUUGAUCGAGUCCAUCUAUGGAGGAGGAAGAUCAGAAGACGAAGCAUGUGUGCAAGCUCUGCAACAAGAGGUACCCUUCUGGGAAGUCCUUGGGGGGUCACAUGAGGUCUCAUAUGAUUGGGAAUUCAGCUGAAGCUGCAGAGAGAAAGAAAAUUUCAUCUUUGAAUGGUGGGAGAAGCAGCAAGAAGGAGUCAGGGUUUGAAGGUGGUGGGCAUUCUGCAUACGGUCUCAGAGAGAACCCUAAGAAAACAUGGAGGCUGGCUAAUUCAAGGAGUGGUUCACAGCAAGAGAAUGUUUGUAAAGAAUGUGGUAAAGUGUUUCAGUCUUUGAAAGCUCUUUGUGGUCACAUGGCUUGUCACUCUGAGAAGGAGAGACUUUCAAGCAAUUUGGAAGAUCAUUCUUGGACCAAUGCUAGCCAGAAACCAGUAAUGGAUAGGCGAAAGAGGUCGAAAAGGACGAAUUUUAACAGGACUCUUGCUGUUUACCCUUCUCCAUCUGUUUCUGACACUGAGCAAGAGCAGCAAGAGUUGGCUAUUUGUUUGAUGAUGCUGUCUAGGGAUUCUGGGCAUUGGGGUGGUUUGAAUUCGCUUGUGUAUUCUUCAGACAACAAUUCUGUGGUCUUAGAGGCCAAAUCAUCCUCUAUUGAUAUGAGAAUUUGUAGGGGAGAAGAUAUGAAUUGUGUUUCUGAUGGUGAUGAGAUUGUGGAGACGAAGAAAUUAGGAGAUGGGAAGUCAAAAUCUGCUGUUUUGGACUCUGAGGCUGGUCCGUUUGAGAAUUCUGAUUCUGGGUAUUUUAUGAAUGGAGCCCAGAGGGUUGAAUCAGAUGUUUCUGUGGAUGGGGUUUUCAGGAAUGUUGAAUCUCUGGAGCUUAAACUGGAAGAUGGAUCUGGGUUUGAUGUGUUUGGUGCUGAAUCUGGGAAGGGUUUAAAGAGACUCAAAUGUAUGAAAGCUGGAUUGGGGAAGGAUUUGAAGAGACCCAAAUGUGUGAAAACUGAAUUGGGAAAGGGUCUGCUCAAACAAGAAGGAUAUGAUCGGGUGAAUAGAGCUUCAGUGGAGUACGAUUUGAGUAAGAGAGCUAAGAAUGAUUCUUACUCAGAAGAGAAUGUUCGGAAGAGAAGCAAGUAUCAAUGUCUGACUUGUAACAAGACCUUUCACUCUCACCAGGCUCUUGGGGGUCACAGAGCCAACCAUAAAAGGGUGGAAGGAUGCAAUUCAUCGAACUAUGAGAGCAUUGAGAACAGCAUAGAGACUGAUACUUGCCCUGGCCCUACACCCCAUAAGAAGCUAGCUCGAUUUGGCAGUGGAAAAACCCCAAUUGCUCAGGAUUUGUCUGGCAAAGCUGAGAAAAAGAUCGGGUCAAGGAAAAGCAAUGGGCACAUGUGCCCAAUCUGCUUCAAAGUUUUCCGAUCAGGACAAGCUUUAGGUGGUCAUAAGAAGUCCCAUUUUGUAGGAGUUUGUGAAGACGAAAACAGUAGGACUUUAGUAAUCAAGCAAGAGCCUCUUGAGAUUCCUGGUCUCAUUGAUCUUAAUCUUCCUGCUCCUAUUGAGGAAGAAGCUAAUGAGCAUGUUGGGUUCAUGAUAUCAUAGGUUGCUUGCAGACAGCAGCUAGCAGCUAUCAUGAGUUGCUGGUGGGUCUGAUUUGUGACUGAAUUUUUUGGUGGAUAUGGUUCCAUGGAGAUGCAAGAGUGUACAGUCAAGUUCCUUGAUGUUUUUUUAUUUCUAUUUUCUCCCCAGAUCCAAGAAUGUCUUCCAGAGCUCAAGAUAAGACUACUGACGAUUAUUAGGGAAACAUGGCCUAUGGGGUUGAAAGACAUGACACCCUUUCACUACUGCACACAGUUCUCACCUAAAAACGCGCUAGGAAGUAGAACUGCUCUCUCAUGGAUCAGUUAUUGAUACUGCAUCCUUGAACCGAGUUUGCAGAUUUUGGGGUCAAAACAGUGGCUGGCUGGCUGGCGCCCAUGAGGAAGUCAUUCAGCAGAAAGAGGAUCAAGGGCUUGUUAGGAAGCUGAAUCCUCUUUGUGAAACAGUUGUGUUAUCAUCAACACUUCCCUGUUUAGAAUUUUAGUCCCUAUCCCGACAAAAAAAGAACAACUAAUUGGGGCCCUUCUCGUUGAAAUGGGAAAUAUCAAGUAGUUGGGGUGCUUUAAGUUUGAAGAUUGGGGAGGGAUGAUUAGUGUGUGGAAUCAUGGGGAAAAAAAAGCCGAUAAACCUGAAACUAUUUGUAUUAUUCAACAUGGAGUGUGAGCUCAAGUUGGUUGUAUAGUCACCUACCAUUACACAUGACAAUACAUCUUAUUGCUCUCUCCCCCUCUUUGUUAUCCCUUUUCCCCCUUUAGUUGACACUCUGGCAAAAUUCGUCUCUUUA